CAGUUGAGAUUCACGCCAGACAUGCGGAAUAUCCUGCCGAUAACAGUUGUGGCCCUGCUGCUGGGCGUCGCCUGUGGCACGGACUAUUGCAAGAAGAGUUGCGGCAACAGCAAGAACAUUGGCUGCAACAACAGUGGGGCCUGGGGCUCGGCCUGUCCCAGCGACAGAGCGUUGCUCACUCUCUCGGCUGCCGAGAGGAACGCGAUCGUGGACAAGCACAAUGAGUAUCGCAAUUUGAUUGCCGGCGGCGGGGCCAGCCAGCUGAGUGCCGCCUGCCGCAUGGCCACCAUGCAGUGGAAUGACGAGCUGGCCCAUUUGGCCUCUCUCAAUGUGAGAAGCUGUGAGAUGCGCCACGACGCCUGCCGCAAGACCGACAGCUUCGACUGGGCUGGCCAGAAUCUGGCUUGGAUCGGCUACUUCGAUCCGCUGAACACAACCGCCAGUGCCAUCAGCGGUGUGGACAUGUGGUACAACGAGGUCUCCAAUGCGAAGCAGUCCCACAUCGAUGCCUUCCCAGCCAACUACAAAGGCCCCACCAUUGGCCACUUCACCGUCUUGGUCGCCGAUCGCAACACGCACGUUGGCUGCGCCGUCUCCACCUACUCGGUGAAGGGCCAGUCCUACAAUGCCUUCCUCAUGGCCUGCAACUAUGCCACAACCAAUAUUAUUGACGUCAAGAUCUACAACUCCUGCUCCGCGCCGGCCAGCAAGUGCACCACCGGAGUAAAUCCCCAACAUAAAUUCCUGUGCAGCACCAAGGAAGUCUAUGACGUUAACAAUUUGAAAUACUGAGCAAAGCGAAUGAAUCACUGAAAGUCAAUAUAAAUGGUAUAACUUACGA